UCUCAUAACAUACAAGCCAAACUAAGAUACUCCCCUUCUUCUUCUUCCAUAAAUAUAAUCAAGAUGGCUUUGUCAUCAAGAACGCUCGUAGCUUCCAUGCUUGUCUCUUUUCUGCUUCUCCAAUAUCUCACUAAAGCAGCUAAUCAUCAGUAUGAGACGAUGGACGUCAAUGGAGCACCAAGCCCCCAGGCCCCGACAUUAGAUUGUGGGGUGGCAUGUGAAGGAAGGUGCAAACUAUCAUCGAGGCCUCGUCUCUGCAAAAGGGCAUGUGGGAGUUGUUGUGACAAGUGCAAUUGUGUUCCUCCAGGCACUUCUGGCAACUAUGAGUCAUGUCCUUGCUAUUUUAACCUCAAAACCCACAAUGACACCCGCAAAUGCCCUUAAUACGCUUGUAAGCAAUGCAUAAUGAAACUUUUGAAGUGAGAGUAAUAAUUUCCUUUCUAUUAUUCAAUUAAAAUUUCACCAAAAUAAAUAAAACGAUAAUGUUUUGGCAUGGAGAUUGUAUUAAGAUUGCAUUGUAACUAAUAAAAACUUUUUUUUUUUAAA